AUGCCUGGGUCCCCUCUUCCAACGUCCCCCAUUGCCUUCAACAUGUCAUCACCGACCUCCUCCAUCUUCAAAAAGCGGUCCACGUCUACGCUCACCCACAAGACCGCUGCCUCAUACCUCUCUGCGCUCUCAGAGGCUGACGCUCGGCGGGCCAGUCUUAGGGCCAACGCUCCCCCGCCUAUCGGCACUCCCGCCCUCUCUAUGUCGUCGUCAAUAACAGCAGAGUCAGAGGACUCGGUUUUGCGUGAAGACAAUGUUGACGCGCUCGAAUACCCUGCUCGGCCGCCUACCUCCGAACAAGUUUUCACCACGGUCCAUUCAGAGUACGGCCACUGCACGAACGACGACUACCGGUUCAAGUCGGAAUACGUUCCCGAGGAGCCGUUGAAGCACAUUGCGACCCCAGGACCAUACUAUAUCAUGUUUACAACCUAUAUCAGCUAUCUAAUUCUAAUUGUCAUCGGCCACAUUCGCGACUUUUUCGGCAAGCGCUUCAGACCAAAGGCCUAUCGUCAUCUAAUGGAACAAAACGGCUACGCUCCUCUCAACAGCGACUGGGACUCGUUCUAUACCCGUCGCCUGAAGCAACGUAUGGACGACUGUUUUGGUCAGCCCAUCACAGGUGUCGCAGGGCGAACAACGAUCUUGCUUGACCGCUAUUCCACCGACUACAAUGAUACCCAAACUAUUCUCGACUCCCGCACCCGCGCUCUCAACAUCAGCAGCUACAACUAUCUCGGCUUUGCUCAGUCUAAAGGUGGUUGCGCCGACGCAGUUGAGGAGUCGAUUAGGCGAUAUGGUGUCACCUCGGCAGGCACCCGUUUGAUGGGCGGUUCGAGCGACCUGCAUGCCACGACGGAGGCGUUGGUUGCGCGUUUUGUUGGGCAGGAAGACUCCCUCAUCAGCUCGAUGGGAUUCGCGACCAACUCGGCAAUUAUCCCUGCUCUGGUGGGCAAAGGCUGUCUCGUCAUCUCUGACGAACUCAACCAUGCAAGUAUUCGGUUUGGAGUUCGUCUGAGCGGCGCCAAUGUCCGCAUGUUCAAGCACAACGACAUGAAGGAGCUUGAAAGCGUUUUGCGCGAGUCGAUUAGUCAGGGCCAGCCGAAAACACAUCGUCCGUGGAAGAAGAUCCUGGUCAUUGUCGAGGGUCUUUUCUCCAUGGAGGGCACUUUCGUCGACCUACCCCGCGUAGUCGAGUUGAAGAAGAAGUACAAAUUCGCGUUGUGGGUUGACGAGGCCCAUUCUAUUGGUGCUGUUGGUCCCAAUGGCCGCGGUGUCGCCGACUUCUUCCACAUCAACCCGCGCGAAAUCGAUAUUCUCAUGGGUACUUUCACGAAAUCUUUCGGUGCUGCUGGUGGGUAUGUUGCUGCGAGCAAAACGGUUAUUGAUCGUCUUCGGUUACGGGCGUAUCUUGGACCCUACGCUGAAGCGAUGGCGCCACCUGUGCUUGUCCAAAUCGUUGCGAGCAUGGCCAGCAUCAUGGGCAUUGCGAACCCUAUCCUUCCCGCCAACAACUCCCCUGCCCGCCUGAGCAUUACGGAUGCCCCUGACGUUCAUCCCGGGCCGGCACCACAGUCCCUUCUCCCAUCAUGGCUCACCCUCGACCCCAGUCUUGCAUCCGGCAUCGAAGGUCGUACGCGUUUGCGCCGGAUCGCCUUCAACUCGCGCUACCUGCGCGCGGGUCUGACCAAACUUGGGUUCAUCACCUAUGGCCACUCGAUGUCGCCCGUGGUCCCAUUGCUGCUAUUCAACCCCGGCAAGAUGAUCGUGUUCCAUCGGAUGAUGCGCGAGUGGCGCACCCCCAUCAUCACUGUCGUGGUCACCUACCCGGCUUGCGACUUGAUGACUGCCCGCGUGCGGUUCUGUGUCAGUGCUGCCCACACGAAGGAGGACAUUGACGAGGUGUUGAGGGCCUGCGAGGUGAUUGGCGAUGUGCUGGAUUUGAAGCAUGGGCUGCCGUUGAAGGAGCGUUGGGAUAUCGAUACUGUCUGUGAAAAGGCUGUCGAGCUGGCGAGGCUAUAG